AUGGCGACCACCGACAUCCGACUCUCCAUCGCACGCCAGACGCGUUUCGCCCUCCGCCUAGCCUCGGCCAUCUCCUCCCCAUCGAACGCCGAGGGUGCUACCGGCAACGCCGCGUUCUCCCCGCUCUCCCUCCACGUCGCGCUCAGCCUCGUCGCCGCCGGCGCGGGCGGCGCCACCCGCGACCAGCUCGCCGCUGCGCUCGGUGCCGAAGGGCCAGGGGAGGCAGAGAGCCUCCAUGCGCUCGCGCAGCGGGUCGUGCAGCUCGUUGUUGCCGAUGCGUCCGUGGAGGGCGGCCCGCGCGUCGCGUUUGCUAACGGCGUCUUCGUCGACACGUCGCUGCCGCUCAAGCCGUCCUUCAAGGAGGUCGCCGUUGGGAAGUACAAGGCCGAGACAAACUCCGUCGAUUUCCAAACUAAGGCUGCUGAAGUUGCAGGUGAAGUAAACUCAUGGGUGGAGAAACUCACAGCAGGUCUCAUCAAAGAGAUACUUCCCCAAGGAUCUGUUGACAGUGGCACUAGACUUGUUCUUGGUAACGCCCUUUAUUUCAAGGGAGCCUGGACCGAGGAAUUUGAUGCAUCCAAGACCAAAGAAGGCGAGUUCCACCUUCUCGACGGGAGCUCAGUACAAGCGCCAUUCAUGUCUAGCACAGAUGAGCAGUACAUUUCGUCUCGCGACAACUUGAAGGUACUUAAGCUUCCUUACCGGCAAGGCGGGGACCUGCGACGCUUCUCCAUGUACAUACUUCUGCCAGAUGCACUUGAUGGUCUCUGGAACUUGGCCGAAAGGGUGAGCUCUGAACCAGAAUUCCUCGAGAAGCAUAUCCCAACCGAGAAGGUUCCGGUCGGACAGUUCAAGCUUCCCAAGUUCAAGAUAUCGUUUGGAUUUGAGGCGUCCAAUUUGCUCAAAGGUUUGGGGCUACAUCUUCCUUUCAGCACCGAAGCCGAUCUUUCAGAGAUGGUGGAUUCAGAACAGAAAUUGUGCAUCUCAUCUGUUUUCCAUAAGUCAUUUGUCGAAGUGAAUGAAGAAGGAACAGAGGCUGCUGCUGCGACUGCGGUAACGAUUAUGCUCAUGUCACUACCGUUAGACCCGCCAAUGAAGAUGGAUUUUGUCGCGGAUCACCCUUUCCUUUUUAUGAUCAGAGAAGACUUGACUGGUGUGGUGCUGUUUAUUGGUCACGUCCUCAAUCCUCUACUUGCUGCAUAGUGCAUCUGCUCUGAAUCGCAAGGCUUUUACUGUGUGAUAUUAUGGCCUCUCGAAUAAAUUAUGGAGUAACUUUUUUU